AUGAACAAGCUCUGCCAAGCACCGCUGACAUGGAGAAAACGGCUGAAAUAUUCCAUCAAGGGAGCUCACUCUUUGCAGAUCAAGCAAAUCUUCGACGAUUGCAAAGAACAAGCAAAGCUCAACGGCAUAUUGAGCAUACCACAACACGCACAAAUGAACGUGCUGCAUCUGUUCCGGGCUUCGGAUUGA